GGGAAGGAUGGUGCCUAUAGAAAUCACUCAUGCUCCUUCCAGGACUCUGGCAACAAGUUGUAUAGGUUUUCUGCUUUUAAGAUUUACCCAGCAGCUUGUUGCAACGGAAUUUGCAGUGAUCCUUGUGAGCUUUCCUUUUAAACUGUGUUAAAUUUGUGGCAAGGGUGUCAGGCAUUUCAUACUUGGCUUCCAGAAAAAGAGAGAGAGCGAGCACAAGCAAGUGAGUGAGCAAGAAUGAUGUGCGUGGGGAAGAAAUCUUGCUGGAAUUUCUUCAGAGGUUGUAGCUGGACAUGGUAAGGACAAAUGUGACAAGAAAAGCAAGGUAGCAAGAGAAAACCGGUAUUGCGAAAAGAUGUCCCAGUGUAAGAAGCAAGCUGUUGUAGAAACGCUCUGGGAUUACACAUGUUCUUCUCAUCCUGGAUAUGACUGAAUACAAGCAAGUUGCUCUUGAUUGACAGUUCACAAAUCUCAAGAUUAUGUUUCUCUUACUUGCUGCUUUUUUGUCAGUGGUUUUUAAAAUUGGUUUUGUUAACCUCUCAGCUCUACAGCACUGGAACUGUCCUAGGGGAUACCGAUUAGGGAGUGAAAACUCCACUUGUAUAGAUAUCGAUGAAUGCCUUCAAGGUGGCCUGGGUACCUGUGGCCAAAUCUGUGCCAAUGUUCCAGGGUCCUAUAUUUGCUCCUGCUUGCCUGGCUACACACUGGAUAAUGACAAGUGGUCCUGUUAUGCUGAUGAUCCUGCACCAUUUCUCAUUUUUAGCCAUGGAAAUGCCAUCUUUCGAAUUGACAGUGAAGGCACUAAUCAUGAGCGAAUAGUAGCCGAUGCUGGUGAAUCAACCCUCAUAGAUUUUCAUUAUGAAGAAGAGAAAAUGUAUUGGGUAGACACCAAAAAAGGGCUUCUGCAACGAGUAUACCUAAAUGGCACAAAACAAGAGAGACUCUGUUAUGUAGGAAAAGGUGUUUCAGGAUUUACCAUCAAUUGGAUAAAUCAAGAUAUUCUUUGGGCCAACCAGCAGAAGGCAACCAUUGAAACAACCAAUAUGAAUGGAAACAACUCCCGAGUCCUUUUAAAAGAUGUAGGUCAUCCCACGAGUAUUGCUGUUGAUCCUGGAAAAAGAUUCGUAUUUUGGUCUUCAGACAGUGCUCUUCCCAGCAUUCUUAGGGCAAGGCUUGAUGGAACUGACAUGAGAGGCAUUUUAAGGACCACUGAAAAAAUAAAGGCAAUCUCAUUGGAUUUUGCUGAUGUACGAAUUUUCUGGGUUCAGUAUGACAGUGAAGAAGAUAUUUCACAUGUAGGAUCAUGUGACUAUAAUGGUGGCUCUAUUCAUUUGCUCAAGCAUUCUGCACAACCACAUUUGUUUGGCAUGUCUCUGUUUGCUGAGCACUUGUACUAUACAGAGUUGAAAACUGGUAUGAUUUGGAGAGCCAACAAAUUUACUGGCAAGGUUACAGUCACAGUUAGCCUGAAACCAUCUUAUUUGCCACCAGCAGAUAUAAAAGUGGUGCAUCCCUUUAAACAGCCUGGUGCUAGAAUGAAUUCUCAAGAUGUUGAACAACGAUCCUGCAAUUUUAACAAAGAAAAUUGUAAGAGAAGAAUCUGCAGGCAGGACUCCAGGACCCAUUGGUGCAGAUGUUCUAAUGGAUUUGCUUUGAGUAGAAAUAAGCAAUACUGUGAAGAUGUCAAUGAAUGUGCCUUUUGGAACCAUGGUUGCACUCUGGGGUGUGUAAAUCUCCCUGGUUCCUAUUAUUGCACAUGCCCAGGAGGUUUUGUUCUGCUGCCUGACAGGAAAACGUGUCAUGAACUCAUUUCUUGUACAAAUAAUUACACUGAAUGCAGCCACGGUUGUCUUCAGACUUCUGAAGGGCCACUUUGUUUUUGUCCUGAGGGAUCAGUGCUUAAAGCAGAUGGCAAGACAUGCAUGGGUUGUACGUCUCCAGAUAAUGGUGGAUGCAGCCAGAUUUGUGCCCCUUUAAGCCCAUACUCCUGGGAGUGUGCUUGUUUUCCCGGAUAUAAGCUGCAGGAAGAUAAGAAACACUGUACAGCUAUAGGUCCCAGGCCAUUUUUGUUAUUUGCAAAUGGUCAAGACAUCCGACGCAUCAGUUUUGAUGGAACAGAUUAUUCAAGUUUACUCGAUUGGCAGAUGGGAGCAGUCUUAGCACUGGACUAUGACCCAGUUGAAAAUAAGAUUUAUUUUGCCCACACAGCCUUGAAGUGGAUAGAACGGGCUAAUCUGGAUGGCUCAUAUCGUGAAAAAGUUAUGCGUGAAGCGAUAGAUAUACCUGAAGGGCUUGCUGUGGACUGGAUUAACCGUAAAUUGUAUUGGACUGAUAGAGGGAAGUCACACAUUGAGAGGAGUGAUUUGAAUGGACUGUACAGAGAAGUGAUGGUCAAGGAGAACGUCUUCCAGCCACGAGGCAUUGCUGUUCAUCCACUUGCUAAGAGAUUCUUCUGGACUGAUUUGGGGGCCAGGCCACGGAUUGAAAGCUCUUCUCUAGAGGGCAAUGAUCGUCUGGUUAUUGCUAGCACGGACCUGGUUUGGCCUAGUGGAAUAACUAUUGACUACUUAGCAGACAAGUUGUACUGGUGUGAUGCUAAACAGUCUGUUAUUGAAAGUGCAAAUUUGGAUGGUUCUAAACGCCGAAUACUUGCACAGAAUGAUGUAGGUAAGCCGUUUGAUAUAGCAGUGUUUGAGGAUCACAUUUGGUUCUCUGACUGGGAUAAGCCAUCAUUAAGGAGGAUGGAUAAGAAGACCAGCCAAAACAGGGUACGUCUUCGAGGCAGCAUGCUGAGACCCUCAUCAGUGGUUGUAGUUCAUCCUUUGGCGAAACCAGGGGCAGAUCCUUGCCUUUAUGAAAAUGGAGGCUGUGAUCAGAUCUGUGAAAAUGGCUUUGGAGUUGCUCGUUGCUUGUGCCACAAAGGCUUUUUGAGAAAACAAGAUGGGAAAAUCUGUCAAGCUCUAAAUACUGCUUUUACAACACCAGGAGUCUUUGUACAUAAAGAGGUGGAACCAAAGAAUCAAACAACAAUACUGGAACCCUUGUACCAGAGCCCACUGGAUAGUGGGGAUACUACCAGUGAUGAGAAGGAGCAAACCCAACAUUUGCUGAUGGCUGAAAUCAUGGUAUCUGAUCUAGAUGACUGUGCUGUGUUAGAGUGUAAUACCAAUGCCCAGUGUGUCUCACUGGAAGAUGGUGCUAUGUGCCAGUGUUUGGAGGGAUUUACCUGGGAGGGGAAAUCAUGUCUUGAUGUCAAUGAGUGUGCUAUUAAUAUGAACCGCUGUAAUAGAAACUUCUCUGAGUGCAUCAAUACUGAAGGUGGCUAUGUCUGCAAGUGUCUAGAGGGCUACAGUGGAGAUGGACUUCAUUGCUCAGAUAUUGAUGAAUGCAAACUGGGGAUCCACACCUGUGGGGAAAAUACUAUCUGCAUAAACACUGAAGGAAACUACACCUGCAUUUGCACCAAUGGGUUGUUUGGAACUGGGGCUGACUGUACUGAAUCACCAGUGCCUUCUACUUCUAGUACCAGGGGUAUUGCCACUCCCACUGCGCAGGAUGAAUUUAUAGGCUGUCCAUCGUCACACGAGUCCUACUGUCUCCAUGGGGGAAUCUGUGUUUAUGUUUCAGAUCUACAAGAUUAUGCAUGCAACUGUGUGGCAGGUUAUGUGGGAGAACGCUGUCAGUUCAGUGACUUGGAGUGGUGGGAGAAGCAACAUGUGGAGCAAAUGAAGGUGCGGAACAUCACAGUUACAGUUUGCAUAGUUGUGCUGCUCCUGCUGCUCUUCCUGGGAUCUCUUUGUGCCUACUGUUACAGAAGUCAGAACUUCUAUAAGAAGAAUCUCUAUGCAGAAGCGAUAAGAGAUGCCAGCAGCAGCAACAGCAGUGCUGACAGUGAGAACGUGACACCUACCAGCAACAAGCCUCGGCUCAUUACAGUGACAGCCUGCAAUGGAUACAAGGGAGCAAGAGCUGUUGAGUUAAUUGAGUGUGAGACAGCAGAGCUAGGACCCUCCUGCGUUUCAGAACCUGCGCAUGUGCAGCCUCCAACGUAUGACAAAGAAGCAGAGAUGUCAGCAGAAGAGGGACGAGAGCAAGGCUGUGCACAACAGCUUUUCAUUGAAAGGGAACCACCGCAGUCUGGUGAUGCAGAAAGGAGCCCUCACCAACUUCACUGGAACGUCAGCUCCAUUCCCUUGUUGGAAAGUGAGCUUCGUACCCCAGCACCAUCCAGCCUCUUAAUGCAGCCAGAUUAAGGAAUUCUUGGUCUGAGAUGGCAAGGCAGGGCAGAGUGGCUUCAGUGGGAAUUGAAGCUUACAGACUACUGAAGGAACAUUUUCUUUAAAACUGUGCAUUAAAUGAAACAAAACAAACAAGCUUCCUUGCUAGGCUUUCUUCAUCAUCUCUGCUUGGAAGUAUUAAUGGUGAAUGUACCAUUGCUAAAGAGUCUCUUAUAUUUUUAAUGUCACUUUAAAGGUCAGUACUACUAAUUUCAAUACCUUGCAACUGAAGGGACACUCAGACUGAUACUUAUUCAUUAGAAACAAUUAUAUUCUAGAUGAUUUUGUUGCAAUUUGGGAUAUUUUGUUCUCUGUUUACAUAGACAAAAAGUCAUGAAAACAGCUUAGAGCAAGGACAACCAGGAUGGAAGUGCCUUUCUCUAAAGGAAUAUGAUACAGUAGAAUGAGGUAAUUUUUUUUUAUCAGAAUACUGUUGAGGGACACUAUGGACCUGUUGGUCCUCUUCCCUACGCUUCUUCCUACCAGUGUAACUCUUCAACUUCAGUGGAGUUACAUCUUAUAUAUACGUAUGUAAGUGAGAGCAGAAUGAGGCUCUGUAUUUUUAAGACUGUAAGAAUGUUUGUGAACAUAUGGUUCAAAUGAGCCUCAAUUACACCCAACAAAGAAGGUGCAACCUCAGCGGAGAAAGCUAUUUCAUUUAUUAAAUCUUCCUAUCUACAAUCUUCAAAGCCCUUCAGAUCUUUAAAUGUUUUGUUUCUGGAGUGAGACAAAGGGCCAAAUUGUACACUCAAUCCUAGCAGCAAACAUGUGCUGGAGUUAUUCUCAUUUUCCAAUGGAGUCUUGACAGUAGAGUGAAGUUCAUUAUGGAGGGUUUGGCAUGUGAAAAGUACCAGUUCUCAUGUCGAAUAUAUACAAUUAUUAAAAAAAAUAUAAGAUCCGAUUUGGAAUAAUUUCCAUGUAAACAUAUACAAGGAUUUUUUUUUUAUUUGUUAUUGACAUCAAGUAGCUACACUUCACUUCUUAUUUACCACCUAAGUAAAACUAACAUACUUACAAAGCUCUUUUCUAUAGAAAGUUGAUUACAAUCUCAAAUUAUUUCAAUUCAAAAUUGCUGGGAUUGUUUCUAAAGUGUCUCUUGUUUUACUUACAAUAUAAAUAUUCCCGUUGUGAAUCCUUUCUCCUUUCAUGCAGGCAUCUGGGUACUGGCCAUGAAAACCAAUCCUCUUUUUCUGUGGUUUUGCUGUCACUACUAUAGAGCCUCCUCUCUAUACACUACUUAUUUGCUCAUUACUAGUACUGCCUGCAGUUUCUUGGGCCCCUGGUAGAUGUUCUAUGUGAGAUGUGAUUAACUAGUUAAUCACCUCUUAAAUAGUAACCCAGCCACACAUUCAUAUAAUUAACAGCAUGAUAAAAUGGGAAACAAGCCAGAAAAUUAUUCCACAGAAUAUGUGUAAUAAUUUUGUGGUUGAUUUCCAUCAGACCUUAAAAUUAAGGUGUGGCAGGAUCACUGCCAUCCAGCCUGAUGCUCACUGUAUGAUGGGGCUCUGGGACUAGCCCCAGUGUGGUCCCAAGGCUAAACCCCACAUUCAGCUGAUUAGCAGUUCACAGACAACUGGCCUUCUGCUAGUAUGUAUGGGGGAGCCCAGGAUCUUGAUCUUGGGCUCCCUCCACACUGGCAGAUAGUAAUGGUACAAAUGGCAUCUGAUUCCUGAUCCUAAAAGCACAUGUCCCAUGCAUGUGUGGCAUGACAUAAGAUGCAAUUGUUGGGAUCAGAGAAUAGAUCCCAUUACAUCAUUAGGUGAAAGUGUGAAAGGCUCAGUGCCUUAAUCUGGACAUUACCUGCAAAUGUCCUUGUUGAGAUACAUCUCAAAUCUUUUUUUUUAAUUAUUCCUGCUAAGUAGGUAGGAUAUGCUGCCAUCUACCAUAUUUACUUGAAUCUAAGAUUACCCUGAAUUUAGAAUGACCCCCACAAUAAUUAGAUUCUACACAUAGAAAAUGUAUACAUUUAGUAUAAUUUCCAUUGUACAGAAUUGAAUUAUUGGAGCGUCAUCUUCCAUUCAUACUUCCAACUGCUGUAGUGGGACAGGUUAUGUGAGGAGGCAGGUGAUAUGGGGAGAUCAAGCAGCUUGCCCCCUACUUAUGUUUGCCCCUACCACUUCUUCUCUCUGCCACCCCGCUUGCAGUCUUGGGUCUCCUCUUCCCCCUCUGUCUCUGCUCCCCCUCCUGCCCCUCUGCCCCCAGUUUCUGCUCCCCCUUCCCCUCUCUCCCAGCCUUUGAUCGAGUAUCCCCGCUUAAGCUUGCUCUGUGCUGGCAGCAAUGGAGUUCCAUGCCCCAUUGUAUCCUGGGCAUGGAGCACAGCCCCAGCGCAGCCCCUAUAGCAGCCAUUCAGGCUGUGUGCCACUGCUACCGGGCUCAGCUGUGGUUAGGGGGGGGACACUUCACCUUACAAUCGAGUAUUUACCAACUUGCUAGUGGUGCUCUAGACAGUGCUUGGAGUUUUAAAGGUUUUCUUCUCCUCUUGCUCACCUGGGUAACUUUGCUGGCUUCAGCAGAAUUCCUUCUGUUUUAUAUUACUGUAAGUAAAUGGAGAACCAUGCCUGUGAAUCUGAAUUACAACAAGUACCCAAGUACCAUGCCAGGCCAGAUUUCAGUGUAAGAUUCUGAAAAGUACAUUUCUCACAAUUUCUCAACAUUAGAGCUUUCCAGUUCCAGUUUAUAAUAUUCAAAUAUAUUUCCCAUAACAGUUCAUACCUGCUGUACACAACCACAUGAACAGAAAGACCAGCUGUUCCAUUUAGAAUGAAGUGUCUUAGGACACUAAAUGAUAUUGUGUGAAGGAGCAGCUGUGUGUUGAGCCACAAGAACUCAAUGCACAGAUUGGAUUGUAAAGUCAAUAGUUAACUGACAGUGUUGGGAGCUUCUAAGUUUAGGAGGGAUCAACAUCUGAGCUUUCCUAGUUCACUUUGGUGAUUUUGCACAUUUGAGUAAAAAGAGAGGCCAGCUACAAAGGCUCUGAUUUAGGAAAGAAUUUAGGCCCAAACCAUUAAAUCAUUUCAGUUGGAGUUAGGUGCCUAUGUAGGAAUUAGACACCUAAGAAUCUUUGUAGAUCUGGGCCUUAAUCAUGGUCACGUUGGCUUCAAUCAGACCUGCAUACGUGCUUGAAGUCAAACAUGUACGUGUGUCAUUGAAUCAGGAUCAAAGUUUGGAUCUAAGCUGUCUGGGGGAUAUUGAGAUUCGUAGGGUUAGACCAUCUCUGAAACAAAAGGUGAUAGAUUCUUCAAAUUCUAUCCCAGACUUUUUGUCUAUUUUUGUUAACAUGUCUAGUUUCUAAUUUAGUAGUUUUCACUGGAGAGUUUUUGAAAAGUAAAAUUGUAUAUGUUUUUAGUCAAAGGUGCUGGUGACAAUGAAUUGAACUUGUUUAUGUUUCUUAAACUCACGUAGAUCGAAAUACAAAUGCUUUUAGUGCUAAAACUUUGAGGAAAAUAUCUAUUUAAAUAUAAUAUAUUUGGUUUAUAUGUAUGUUUAUAACAUUUGGGAUUUAUAAAAUAAAAAACCCUAAUGUCUC